CCCAAACCAGUCCUUCUUGUUUCCUUAGCUGAUAGUUUUAUUGUAUCAUUCUCAAAACUUUUUAGAUCCCUAUCUUGGAAGAAGACUGAACAGCUUUAGAGGCCCGUUAAGUUACCAGGACUUUGGUGAAACGGGGGCCCUGAGCCCUUCGUGCGUGUAAGACGCGCACGAAAUAUGCAACACGCACUCACUCGAUUAUCACGCAAGUGUAAUCUCCUGCCUGAGACAUGUCACUUCAUGCCAUCAAGCACAAAUUCGGCUAACAUUAUGGCGUUGAGUUGUUCGUUGUUCGAGGUUCUCCAAUCUUAUACAGACUGCAUAGCUAAAUCAGAAAUGCCUGUGAAGACAACUGUUAUCACGGCCCUUCUGUACGGCUUCAAAGCAUUUCUUCAAGAAAUUGUCUUCAAUUGUCCACGCGAUUACCACAUCCUCUAUGGCUGCCUGUUCAUAUGUGGUCCCGCUGUCGUUUUGUUUUGCCUUUCCAUGCUGAUAUCUGAGUCUUUCUGGACCCUUGUCACGGGCUGCUUCCGUCUCCAGUCGCGCAAGCGAAAACUGGUGUGGUGGAAAUCAAGCAAGAGUGUGUAUUUGUCCCUUCUCCCGCCGUGUAUAUGGUUUGUCUUCGCUUUCAUGGAAGGCGAUUUCUACGUUUGCUUAACUCUUGGACCUAUUAAACCCGCUCUCAAUCACGCCUCCAGUGAAAGCUCAAGAGAAAAGGUUCAAGAGAAGUUUGCCCAAGCGAAAAGCAUUUCGGCGAUUAUAUCUUGGUGUACUCUGAUAACAUUGGUGUUGACAGUGACAGUUUGUGUCACGCUCAGCAGAAUUCUUGCUCAAGUCGACCCAAAACUUCAAGGCGAAAUUGAUUUUGACGAGAUUGAAGCGCAGGAGGCGGUAAAGUUAUGGAAUGGUCGGUUACAAACCCUCGCGAAGGCUCAGGCUUUUGAAGUUAUCGAAGAAGUCUCAAAUACUUUCAUUCACGACGAACAAAACUCUGAUGUCUCGGAACAAGUUCGUCGAGGGGCAGAAUAUCUAAAAAGGCUGUACCCUAGAUAUGGAGGAGUGGUUAAGGGGCAAUUCCGGAACGACAAUUGGAGACCGAGGGAUGAACGACUGAGAGAGCUUCUUGAUCGAUCGUCAUCCACAGAAAUGCUAAUAAAUGCCGAUAAAAAGUAUAAGGGGGCGUAUGGUGCACGUUACACAACCAGCAUAUGAUUCAUAUGCAUAUGAGUCAUGCAAUCCUUUGAUCACGCAAAUUAUUAGGGACUUUAAGCAGUCAGGACAACAACGCCACGGAAGACGUCGAUUAAAAAAUGA